CUGGAUAAUAACCUUUUCUCUCUGACAUUAGCCCUCUUCUUCUUCUUCUUCUUCUUCUGCCAUGAAAUUUCAAGGUUUUGAUUGCUAGUUGCAAAGAUUACUCAUAAUAAAUGGAAGAAGGCACGUAUGGCUCUUAGUCCUAGCAUAGCACCAUCACCACCUGAAUCUACUAACAAGACAAACACUAGUGCUGUUACUUCUUCCCUGCAGUAAAUAACAUCAAGAGUUUGGAAAACAAGAUCAGAUGGAGGAAGAUAAAUUGCAAGAGCAAAUUGUAUAUUUUCCAAAAAGAGAACGCUUCAAAUUUGAGCUUGAAGCUUCAUCAUCUACGGAUUUGAUCAGCUCAUUACCGGAUCAACCAUCAUCAAAAAGCCGCAAGUUAGAGGAGCACUCACUUCAAGCUUCUCCCGCCGCGGCAUCUUCGAGGAGUGUUAUUCCAAAGAACCGCAUUCAACUUGUUAAAGAUUCCAUAGAAUCUCGCCAGUUCAUAAAAGCUCUACAGCUUAUUAACGCUCUACAAUCUGAGUUUCCGCCUUCUCCACUUGUUCUGGCUCUGAAGGCACUAGUAUAUGAGAAAAUUGCCAGUAAAGUUGAAGUAUUAUCUAUUUGCUCAGACGCCAAGGACCACAUGGUCUUUGAUUUCUCGAGUCUUCCAGAUGUGCUGGCAACAUUAGAUAUUGUUUUCCAACGACUUGGUCGCUUGGAUUUAGCGACAGAGUAUUACGAACAUGCUUGUGAAAAAGUUGAUAACAGUUUGGAGCUGUUGAGGGGAUUGUUUAAUUGUUAUGCCCGCCAGUCGUCAUUUGCAAAGCAACUUAAGGUUUGCCUCAGAAUGUAUAUGAUUGUUCAGGAGGACAAGUUCCUGUACUGGGCUGUUUUCUGCGUUCAACUACAGGUGCUUUUUCAUUUGUUCAAGAAGCAUGGGAUGGAUCAUAACUUGGAUGAACCGGAAGCCUUCUUGGUAUACAUGUCAGUGAUGGAGCAGCCAGAAAUGUACGGCCCUGUUCAUGAGAUCCUUUGCAAGUUAGGUCCGACACUUAUAGUGGUCAAAGCUGAUAAGCAGGAUUUUCAGGAACGGAAGCUUCUUGCUCAUUUGUGUGACUAUGUUGCUGCGGUUGAGGCGCUUAAGAAAAUAUUAUGGCUACGGUGUCCUAAUGAUUGGGAAUCUUUAAUACAUGAGAUUGACUUUUCUGUUGAGGAUGAUAGCAACUACAUGUAUUUCGCGUGUAAGAUAUCCGUGUUGCCUAAGAAACACUGUGGUUCACAAAUCUUAGAGGCAUUGUCAAACUUGGAGAAUAAGAAGAAAAUAUGUCGUUUUGACAGAAAAGACAAUGAUGUGUUUGAGGAGGCUAUCUAUGAGUACUUCACCAGAGUCAAUUACAGAAUUCAAAGGUUCUUUCAAAUCUUUUCUAAGGGUGAAGUGUACUGGUUGGUAGACAGUCUUCUAAAGCAAGAUGUUUUGACUGCGGAAUUGUUAAAGGAAAAGUUCAGUAUGAUAUGCAACAUCCCCAAGAUACCCAAACAUUUUGGAGAUUUCUGUGUGGGAUUUAAACCUGCAGUUCAUGGGGCGACGAUUGUUAUAAAAACUAGCAAGUUUAUCGUAAUAGCUGCUGAUGGAGAACUUACAUCACGUUCUUCCGACAAUGCACUAUUUCUAAAUAGUGAAAAGAUUAGGCAAUUUGAUGAUUUAUGUAUUGCUAUAUCUGGAGUUUGGAAAACUUUGAGUAAAACAGUCAGUGUUGUGCAUAAGUGUAUGAGACACUUGAAGAAAAAUGGUGAAGGAAGAAGGCCCACAGUCAGACAAAUUAGCGAGUAUAUGGCAAAGGAAGAUCCAAUGUUGAAUGGAGAGUUUGAAGUGAUUAUUUGCGCAUUCGAUGAGCUGGAGGUUGGCAAACCUCUUGUUCCGUGCGCUUCAUUUGCCGGGAAUUUCUUCAGUUGGGAUCCAAACCAAUCCAUCUACUGUUCUGGGCGCUGCUCUAGUCAUGCUGAAUGCAUCCUUUUAGAAGGAAAUAUUGGUCCAGAUACCGGGCUUGCUGAAGUAAUUUGUUGGGUUGAGAGAGCCUUAGUGUACACGGCUAUGUUCGAUAGCUGUACUGGAGGAUUGGCAACCAUUACCGUUAUUGAUGCUGACAAGAAAGUAAAGGUGAUGGCUGAAGAAUACAUCCACACUACAUUGUGGGAAAAACACCGUCAUUUUUUUGAAAACAGGAAAACAAAGUUAUCUGGAUUUGCCAAAGAAGAGAGAUAAAGAAGAGGAAUACAAUCGUCAUCAUCUGUGUAUGUCAGUAAUCAAUUUGGAUGCUGCUGGAUUGCCUGUGCUGAGACCUUUUUUGAAUGGUAGUUCAGACCUUGUUUAGCAUUCAAUGCGUAAUGGAUCUAUCACUAGUAAAUAGGCUGUAGUGGAGACCAACUAUGUUGGAGUGUUUUGCCAUAAUGAUCGUAUGUAUAUAUUAUUCUCGCUAGUUUUAUCACCACUAACGUAAAAGAGUCUCCUGUUGGAGAUGGAAUUUUAAAGAAAAUCAAGUCUUCAUUCCUAUUUGGUACUUGACAUUAAGAUUUCAGAGAUGCAGGGAAUCAUAUUGCCAGAGGGAGAUCUUGAACCCAUUAACCUCC